AUGUCUGACAGAUCUGAAACGCCACAGAAGAAAUUGAAGAUGGACCUUAAGGUGUUUAAUGAUCCCAUCCACGGGACGGUGGAGUUACACCCACUUCUCAUCAAAAUCAUCGACACACCUCAGUUCCAGAGACUGAGAAACAUCAAGCAGCUUGGAGGGGUCUACUUUGUUUACCCUGGAGCAUCCCACAACCGCUUUGAACACUCCAUUGGGGUGGCACACUUGGCAGGUCAACUUGUUGAAGCUCUGCGUACAAGGCAGCCGGAACUCGACAUUGAUGACAGAGACGUCCUUUGUGUGAAGAUUGCUGGUCUCUGCCAUGACCUGGGCCAGCAACACACUGCCUGCGUGGCGUGA